UAGCGGAGGGGCAUCCACCGCACAAACCACAGAGCAGAGCUUGAGCCCCACAGCUGAGGCCUGGGGGCAUUUUUUGCUGCCUUGCGCUCUCCUCCCCGGGCAGCAAGAGGCGAGCGCAGGGCGCGGGGGCACGGCGAGCCCCGGGCAAGCUCUCCGGUAGAUGGCACGCACGGGCCCGGCGCGGCGGCGGGGGAGCGCAACCCGACACUGCCAGACACUCCCUUGGGAUCGCCAGGGCCGGGCAGGAACCAGGAAAUAGAGCGGUGCCGCUUCAUGGAGGAGCCAGCGCCAUGGGCAACCUCCCCAGCUGCGGGCGGCCCUGGAACUGUCCUUCUCCUUUUAAAAGAAAGAAGGAAAAGCAAGGAGCUAAUGUGAGCCAUGAGAGCCAACAGCAGCAGCCUGGCAGGCAGGCUCCAACCUACGAAGACAUCCCAGAGCUCCCUGUCUACGCCACGGUGAGCAAAGGGCAGGCUGUGAAGCAGGAUGAGAGCAUUCACUACGCAGACAUUCAGGUGUUCAGCAAGGUCCGGGAGCGCUCUGCAGCAGAGGUGAAGAACCUACAGAUGCAGAAUGCCACAGAGUAUGCCACCCUCAACUUCCCCAGGCCCAGGCUCAAAUAUGACAGCAAGAAUGGAACCUUGGUGUAAAAAAGCUUGAUGGCCUCCUCAUCCUCCUCCUCCUGCAGCAAAAGGAGUUCAGACUUAAGAGAUGUUGUAGAUGUCAGCUAACCUGCGGGCACAUCAGGUCUCCCUGAGAAGGUGCAGGGAGGCUGUGCCUGCCUUUAGAGGACACAGACUUAUUUCUGCUCACAUAAUGAGUAGUUUUCUCUUUGAUUCUGCUGGCAAAGUCCACCCCUGCUCCUUGGAAGAGUUACCUCUGAAGCUGGCAGCUCAUCUUCUCUCAGCACUGUGGGAAGACAGAGCUGCUCCUCGGCUGGUGAAAGCUUAAAACCACAGCUCAGAGCUGCAGUGAGGCUGUCCCUGGCGUGGCACAGGACCAGCCUGUGGAUGGGAUUUGGGACCAUGGCAUACAGGAUUCAGUCUUGGGGUAAGGGAGAUGUUGCCACAGGAUUUUAUGUCAGUGCUAAGACAAUUCUGCAGCGUGCAGAGCAAUUGGAUGCUGCUGCUGUGAGGAAGUGGUGUGCAGCCUCCAACAGUGGCUGCUGCAGUGCCUUCCUCCCACACUUGCCCCUGUAACUGUAGUCAUGCACCAAGUGCAGGCUCCAAAGCAGUGCUCUGGAACCAUGCACAGAAGGCUCUGAAGACCAAGGCCAGAAGUGCAGACUUAACUGAGGUACAGAACAGUUUCUUCCACUGAAAGGCUGUGCAGAUGUGGAUCCCUACCCCCGUGUGCACACGGUGAGCAGUGAGCUCUCAGCUCUGCCUGGGAACAAGGAACAUUUGCAGACUGCAAGGCAGCCGUUUGGAAACCACUGCCUGUAUUUGGGGCACUUAACCAGUCACAGGCUCACAGGAUGUUAGGAGUUGUAAGGGACCCAAGGAGGUCAUCUUGAAUGGCCUCAUCCUGCAGAGGCUUUAGUGGGAAUGAUGUGCACUGCAGUGCAGUGAUGCUGGCCCAACGUUCACAGGCUCACAGGAUGUUAGGGGUUGGAAGGGACCCAAAGAGCUCAUCCAGUCCAACCCCCUUGCCAGAGCAGGACCAUUCAGUCUAGCUCAGGGCACACAGGAACACAUCCAGACAGGCCUGGAAAAGCUCCACAGAAGGAGACUCCACAACCUCUCUGGGCAGCCUGUGCCAGGGCUCUGGGACCCUUCCAGUCAAGAAGUUCUCCCUUGUGUCAAGGUGGAUCCUCCUGUGCUGCAGCUUCCAUGUCCUAUCCCAGGGAGCAAGUGAGCAGAGCCUGUCCCCCCACUCCUGACACCCAGUCCUUAGAGUACAGCAGCUGUCUGCCUGCCUAAGAUGCUGGGAAUGAAUCCUGGUUAACCUCAGAGAGGGAUUUGGACUUUUCCUCCUUCUCCCCCCCUAUUUUAUACUGCCAGCCUUAGUUCCAAACACCAAUAAUACAGAGCACAGCUCAUGUAGUAUUUUCUGUCAACCCUCCCAGGUACACCUUUGAGAACUUGGUUGUGGACUUUAAGGAGUGUUAGGAAUGCAGUGGAGCAGUUGCCCAAAAGGCUUCUGCCACUGGACUCAAUUUGGCACUUGAACAGGGCUGCCAAGCAGUAUGUUCAGGCAUUAAAUGAAGGCUUGGCAGAGUCUGAUCCUGAAUCAUGGUCUGCACAGCUAAGUGCAGGUCGUGGGACAACCUGUUGAGUGCCAGUGCUUAGAAAUGGGCAUCCUGGUACUUGGUAUUUACAAUUUUGCAUAUUAUGGCUCAGCCAAAGGGCACAGAGGAGUCCCUGCUCAUUACAAACCAUCAUGCUGAGGUGGAAGUGUUUUGAGGACCAAUCCUGCCCAUUUUCUACCUUUUUUUUUGGCUGUGUUAUCCAGCAGAGCUCAGCAGGGCCACAGCAACAUUUGCAGAAGGCCCUUUUUAAUGAAGGAUACAAUGCAUUUUUCUACCUGAAAAUGUGGGGGGCAGUUUGCCUGUGCCACCCAGCUGACCUCAGUGGGAUUAUUGGAAGGGGUGCAGCAGAAGGCUUUCAUUUACAGUGGGUACAGAAUGAUGUUAUUGGAAGGGAUGGUUCUUUGGAGUGCCAAGGAUUCCUCUAUCUGCUCCUCCCAAUGCCCUUCUACACUCCAUGCCCAGAAUGAAACUUCAGACUGAGGAGGAUUGAGUGGGCACAGGAUUUAAUUACAGGAUUUAACUGGGGAGUGAAGGGACACUCAAGAACUCUGUUCUGCCAGCCCAGCUGGCAGAUGGGAUGCCAGAUCUUGGUCAUCCUGGGCAGCAGUUAUGAACCUCUUUCACUGCUACAGGAACUGGAGAGGGACACCAGUUCUGGUCAAGCCCUUUGCAUCAUAGGAAGAAAUGGGAUUCCUUAAGGACAUUGUUAAGUAUGAACUCCAGUUCAGGAGGUUGUCUAGAGGGUGCAGACUCCUAUAGGGCAACCCAGCACAUUGCUUGCAGGGCCAGGCAGAUGGUACUGAAGUGUUUCCUCACCCAGCAUGAAGUCUGGGUUGGGGGACAAGCAGCUCAGCGAGCACAGACACUAAGGUCAAGCUGCUGGGAUCAGACAGGUGUCAGUUUGUACAUCCAUCAGGUCAAACCAGUUCUGCUGCUGACAUGGGCAGGGCUGGCUUUGGCUGUGAGGAAUUUGCUUUCCCUUAGUCCUGUUAUCUAUCGAUCAGCUCAUCCCAGAUAGGGCAGAAACUAUCUUCUCAUGAGUGCCUCCAAGCCUGGAAGGGGAAUUUACCUCCUGUUCCCUGCGGAAUGCUGGCUAGCACUUGGUGCUGUUUCUGCAAGGAGGUGGUUUUCACAGCCGAAGUGUGACAGCCACCUGUGUGUGCUGCAAUAAAGACUGUCCUGCAGGACUCGGUACUGCACUGACUAGUAAAAGCCUCCACCA